CAUGCUCAACACGUCAACCGCGCAAGCGUUCCCCGCGUCGGGGGUGGGGCAUUCCCAAGCACGCAGGUCGGAUCAGGCAAGACGGCUCGCGCUAUGUCGGAGCUCCAUGGGGUGCCCGAGGUUGCGGCCUGUCUUCGCAGGAUUUAUAGCAGAUAGGACAUCCUCAAGCGCCGGAAGCACGCGAAACUAGGCGUGAGUCCAAAGUACGCCGGCAUCAUGGUUUAUACGGCAUCCUUCGCAUUUUUCGAGGCCAUCUGGGAGGCGGGCAUCACGCACUGCUUCGUGAACCUGGGCUCCGACCAUCCCAGUAUCAUGGAGGCCAUUGUCAAGGGUCAAAAUGAGAAGAAGGGCCAGUUCCCAAAAAUCAUUACCUGCCCAAAUGAGAUGGUCGCGCUUUCGAUGGCCGACGGGUACGCCCGGCUCACAGGCAAGCCGCAAUGCGUGAUCGUUCACGUCGACGUCGGGACCCAGGGCCUCGGUGCUGCUGUACACAAUGCCUCGUGCGGGCGCGCGCCUGUGUUGAUAUUUGCCGGGUUGUCUCCGAUCACCAUCGAGGGCGAGGCGCGCGGGAGCAGGACCGAAUACAUACACUGGAUACAGGAUGUGCCCGACCAGAAGCAGAUAGUGGCGCAGUACUGCCGGUAUACGGGUGAGAUAAAGACGGGCAAGAACGUGAAGCAGAUGGUCAACCGCGCGUUGUCGUUCGCGACGAGCGAUCCGCAGGGGCCGGUGUACUUGUACGGUGCGCGAGAAGCCAUGGAGGAGGAUCUUACGCCCUAUCAUCUGGAGCAGGAAUACUGGCGCCCGGUGGAACCCGCGGGCUUGCCGGCUCUGGGUGUUCAGACCAUCGCAGACGCGCUUGUAGGCGCCCAGGAACCGCUCGUCAUCACUGGAUACUCCGGCCGGAACCAUAAGACGGUAGGGGAAAUGGUGAGGCUGGCAGACAACGUGAAGGGGCUACGGGUACUCGACACUGGCGGCAGCGAUAUGUGCUUCCCCGCGGAUCAUCCAGCCUGGCUCGGCCUACGGUACGUCAACGAAGCGCGAGUCAAAACUGCCGACGUUAUCCUUGUACUCGAUUGCGACGUACCAUGGAUAAAUACGCAAUGCAAGCCCAAAGACGGUGCCAAAAUAUAUCACAUCGACGUCGAUCCGCUCAAGCAGCAGAUGCCUGUCUUCUACAUCAAAGCACUCCAUCGAUACCGUGCAGACUCUUACACGUCUAUGUCGCAACUGAACGCAUACCUCGAGUCAAAUUACAAAGAGAAGCUGUCCGGUAGCAUCUUCUCCGACCGCUGGGCAGCACUCCAAACAUACCACAAGCAAAAGCUUCAAGCGAUAGCCGCUGAAGCCGUAGUUGAUGCGAACGGACACUUUGGUACGCCCUAUCUGAUCCAGCAGGUACGGAAAAGCUGCCCGAAAGAUACCAUCUGGGCCGUCGAAGCUGUCACAAACACCGCGUUCGUGGCAGAUCAAAUACAAGCCACGUUGCCCGGGUCAUGGCUCAAUUGCGGCGGAGGCGGUCUGGGCUGGUCCGGCGGUGGUGCUCUGGGCAUCAAGCUCGCCUCCGACUACGAGGGCAAGAAGCAGUUCGUGUGUCAGAUUGUUGGCGAUGGUACCUACUUGUUCUCCGUCCCGGGAUCUGUAUACUGGAUUUCGAGGCGCUACAACAUCCCGAUUCUGACCAUAGUCCUCAACAACAAGGGAUGGAACGCACCGAGAAAGAGCAUGCUGCUUGUUCAUCCUGACGGAGAAGGCUCCAAGGUCAACAACGAAGAACUAAACAUCUCAUUCGCGCCGACACCAGAUUAUUCGGGUAUUGCGAAAGCCGCAGCAGGAGGCGAUAUUUGGGCUGGGCACGCAAGCACAGCAGAUGAGCUGGCGAAACUGCUGCCUGAGGCCAUUCAGAGCGUAUUGAACGGUAGGACAGCUGUGUUGGAUGCGCACCUGGAAGGACCGGCAGGCAAGUACGUUGGCGCAAACUCGAAAUUGUGAAGGAUGCCUUCUUACGAACCGCGCGGUCGUGACGAGUAGACUCAGGCAGGUCAAUGGAACCGAGUUAUCGUAAUCCACAU